UACAAGUGGACAGCAUUGUCAUAGUUUAGGGCGGAAAACGGGAAAGAACUUUACGAUUUUUUUUGUGUGUUUUUGGCGUUUGGGGAAAAAACUUGUAAAAAAGUUAAAAAUGGUAGAAAAUUUUCAUUUUUGGAGGAAUGGCGCCAACAUUUUUUUCCAAAACCAGUGUUCCCGCCUUUCUUUGCUUUUCCCCUUCAUUUAUUUAUAAUGUUCAAUGUUUCUUCCCUUUCUAUUCAUCUUCACUAAACACUGUUCUCACUGAACGAAGCCAAACAUCAAAGAAACAGUGAGUUUAGAGCUAAGGUUUCCUUCUCUUCUCCAAGUCAUGGGAUCUGUCGCUCUUUUGGAUUCUAAUUCCCCUUCAGGAAUGAAGAAGAAUAAGAAAGGCAAGAAUAAAUCUGCUAAAUCCUCCACCAAGAAAGAGAUGGAAACUGAUAAAAAAGCACAGAAGCGUAAUAGUGCUCAGGAAAAUGGGGAGCCAGUCCCUUCAAAAAGGCCAAAGAGAGCUGCUGCCUGCACUGAUUUUAAGGAGAAAGCAGUUUGCAUAUCCGAAAAGGAUUCAGUUGUUGAGUCAAAGAAGGAUAUGGUAGUAGAAGAUGAAAUUCUAGCUGUAGGGCUGACUUGUGAAAAAGAUGAUGGUCGGCCUAAUAGGAGGCUAACUGAUUUUGUAUUGCAUAAUUCAGAAGGUCUUCCACAACCCCUUGAGAUGUUGGAAGUCAAUGACAUGUUCAUAACUGGUUUGAUAUUGCCGCUUGAAGAAAAUUCUGACAAGGAAAAAGUAAAGGAGAAGAGUGUUAGAUGUGAAGGAUUUGGACGUGUUGAGUCUUGGGGCAUCUCUGGUUAUGAAGAUGGUUGUCCAGUGAUAUGGCUUUCAACUGAUGUAGCUGAUUACUCCUGCUGUAAGCCAAGUGGCAGCUAUAAAAAAUAUUAUGAACAUUUCUUUGAAAAAGCUCGAGCUUGUGUAGAGGUUUAUAAAAAACUUUCAAAGCCAUCUGGUGGAAAUCCUGACUUAAGUCUUGAUGAAUUGCUUGCUGGUGUUGUUCGGUCCAUGAGUGGAAGCAAGAGCUUCUCUCGUGGGGCAUCGAUUAGGGAUUUUGUUAUUUCCCAGGGAGAAUUUAUUUAUAAUCAACUGAUUGGUUUGGAUGCAACUUCGAGGGUAAAUGACCAGGUAUUUGCUGGAUUGCCUGUUCUUACUGCCCUCAAAGAUGAGAGCAGGAAGCGUGAAAAUAUAGGGCUAGACAUGGCACUGUUUUCUGGUGGUGCUCUGACUAUUGGUAAAAAAGGAGAGGGGGAAAGCAAAUUGGAUGAGACAUAUUCAUCUACUCUUACAGCUGAGGAAGAUGAGGAUGCAAAGUUGGCAAAACUGUUGCAAGAGGAAGAAUACUGGAAAUCUAUGAAACAGAAGAGGAACCAAGGCUCAGCCUCUAUGUCAAACAAAUUCUAUAUCAAAAUCAAUGAAGAUGAGAUUGCAAAUGAUUAUCCUCUUCCAGCAUACUACAAGAAUUCUAAUGAAGAAACUGAUGAACUUGUAGUUUUUGAAAGUGACUUUGAUGUGUGUGAUCCUGAGGAUCUCCCUCGAAGCAUGCUCCACAACUGGUCAUUUUACAAUUCAGACUCAAGGCUGAUUUCCUUGGAGCUGCUUCCUAUGAAACCAUGUGCUGACAUUGAUGUUACCAUUUUUGGUUCUGGGGUUAUGACUGCUGAUGAUGGAAUUGGAUUCUGUCUUGACAAUGACCUUAGUCAGUCUACUUCAGGUUCUUCGAGUGUACUGAAUGCUGAUGGAAUUCCAAUUUUUUUGAGUGCUAUUAAGGAAUGGAUGAUUGAAUUUGGAUCAUCAAUGAUAUUCAUCUCAAUCAGGACAGAUAUGGCCUGGUAUAGACUUGGCAAACCAUCAAAGCAAUAUCUUCCUUGGUAUGAACCAGUACUCAAAACAGCAAGGGUUGCGAUAAGCAUUAUUACAUUGUUGAAGGAGCAAACACGAGUAUCACGCCUCUCUUUCAAUGAUGUAAUUAAGAGGGUGUCUGAGCUCAAGAAGGAUAAUCGCGCUUUUAUAUCUUCUGAUCCAGCAGCUGUUGAGAGAUAUAUUGUUGUGCAUGGACAGAUAAUACUACAACUCUUUGCAGAGUUUCCUGAUGAAAAGAUUAAAAAGUGUGCAUUUGUGGUUGGCCUUGCGAAUAAAAUGGAAGAGAGACACCAUACAAAAUGGUUAGUCAAGAAGAAGAAAGUUGUACACAAGAAUGAACCAAAUUUAAAUCCUCGAGCAGCAAUGAUGCCUAUAGCUUCUAUAAGAAAGGCUAUGCAGGCGACCACAACGAGGCUAAUCAAUAGGAUUUGGGGGGAUUACUAUUCAAACUACUCUCCAGAAGAUUCAAAGGAGGAAACCAAUUGCGAGGUGAAAGAUGAAGAUGAAAAUGAGGAACAAGAAGAAAAUGAAGAUGAUGAUGGUGAUGCUAAUGCUGAAGCUGAAGCUGAAGCUAAUUCUGAAGCUGAAGCUGAAGCUGAUGCUGAAGCUGAAGCUGAAGCUGAUGCUAAUGCUAAUGCUGAAGAUAAACCAAUUCCAAUGGAGACUCAGAAGUCUCCUUCAGUAUCAAAGCAACCAAGACAGUGUUCUACUGAGGAAGUAAGCUGGGAUGGAGAGCCUGUAAGCAAAACAAGCACUGAUAAGCCUCUUUAUAAACGAGCCAUUGUACAUGGAGAAGUAGUUGUGGUCGGAAGUGCUGUUUCUGUUGAAGUUGAUUUGUAUGAACUUCCUGCAAUCUAUUUUGUGGAGUACAUGUUUGAAACUUCAAAGGGAAGAAAAAUGUUUCAUGGACGAAUGAUGCAGAGAGGAUCUGAAACUGUACUUGGCAAUGCAGCUAAUGAGAGAGAGGUGUUCCUAACAAAUAACUGUGGAGAUUUUGAAUUGGAGGAUGUGAAACAGACUGUAGUGGUAGAUAUUCGAUUAAGACCUUGGGGAUAUCAGCAUCGGAAAGAUAAUGCCAACAUGGACAAACUUGAUAGAGCAGAAGCAGAGGAGAGGAAGAGAAAAGGACUUCCAAUGGAGUAUUAUUGUAAAAGCUUGUAUUGGCCUGAGAGGGGUGCCUUCUUUACGCUCCCCAUUGAUACUUUGGGUUUGGGUUCUGGUUGCUGCCAUUCUUGCCAAGUUAAGGAUGCUGGGAGGGCCAAAGAAGUGUUCAAAGUGAAUUCGUCAAAUACAGGCUUUGUAUACAAGGGAACUGAGUACUUUAUCCAUGAUUAUGUCUAUGUAAGUCCACAUCAAUUUACAGUAGAAAGGGCUGAUACUGAAAACUUUAAAGCUGGGAGGAAUAUAGGCUUGAAGCCUUAUGUUGUGUGCCAAGUGCUAGAGAUUAUUGUCCCAAAGGGGCAGAAAAAAGUUUGUGAAGAGUCCACCCAAGUUAAAGUCAGGAGAUUUUUCCGACCAGAGGACAUUUCAGCUGAAAAGGCUUACAGUUCUGAUAUAAGAGAGGUCUAUUAUAGUGAAGAAACAGACAUUUUGUUUGCUGAGGCAAUAGAAGGCAAAUGUGAAGUCAGAAAGAAGAAUGACGUUCCAGCAUGCAAUUCUCCAGUAAUAUUUCAUCAUGUCUUCUUUUGCGAUCGCAUAUAUGACCCUUCCAAUGGAUCUCUCAAGCAGUUACCAGCUCAAAUAAAACUGAGGUACUCAACUGGAAUUGUGGAUAAUGAAAUUGCAUACCAGAAGAAAAAGGGAAAGGGUAAACAGGAAGAAAGUGAAUUACAAGUUGAGAAACAGCAUGAAGCAUCUCAGGAGAUCCGCUUGGCUACGUUAGACAUAUUUGCAGGUUGUGGUGGUCUGUCAGAGGGGUUGCACCAAUCUGGUGUAUCAUUAACUAAAUGGGCAAUUGAAUAUGAAGAGCCUGCUGGAGAUGCAUUCAAACUCAAUCAUCCUGAGUCUUUGGUCUUCAUUAAAAACUGCAAUGUCAUUCUUAGGGCUAUUAUGGAGAAGUGUGGGGAUGUAGAUGACUGCAUCUCCACUUCUGAGGCAGCUGAAUUAGCGGCAUCACUUGAUGAGAAAGAGAUUAAUGAUUUGCCAUUACCGGGGCAAGUAGAUUUCAUCAAUGGAGGCCCUCCAUGCCAGGGUUUCUCUGGAAUGAAUAGAUUUAACCAUAGUACAUGGAGUAAAGUACAAUGUGAGAUGAUUUUAGCUUUCUUAUCAUUUGCUGAUUACUUCCGGCCAAGGUAUUUCCUCUUAGAGAACGUGAGGAACUUUGUGUCUUUCAAUAAGGGGCAGACAUUUAAGUUAACUCUGGCUUCACUUCUUGAAAUGGGUUAUCAGGUGAGGUUUGGUAUUUUGGAAGCUGGAGCCUAUGGAGUUUCUCAGUCAAGAAAACGAGCAUUCAUAUGGGCAGCCUCCCCUGAAGAGACUCUUCCUGAAUGGCCAGAGCCAAUGCAUGUCUUUGCUGUUCCAGAGUUGAAAGUUACAUUAUCACAUAAUUUGCAGUAUGCAGCUGUGAGGAGUACUGCAAGUGGAGCCCCUUUCCGUGCAAUUACUGUGCGAGAUACAAUUGGUGAUCUACCAGCUGUAGGAAAUGGGGCCUCGAAGACAAAUUUGGAGUAUCAAAGUGAAGCUGUCUCGUGGUUUCAGAAGAAAAUUCGAGGAAACAUAGCUGUCCUUACUGAUCAUAUAUCAAAGGAAAUGAAUGAGCUUAACCUGAUUCGGUGUCAAAAGAUUCCAAAGCGACCAGGUGCAGAUUGGCAUGAUCUUCCAGAUGAGAAGGUUAAACUCUCUACUGGACAAUUGGUAGAUUUAAUACCCUGGUGUCUGCCAAAUACAGCCAAAAGGCACAAUCAAUGGAAAGGGCUAUUUGGAAGGUUGGAUUGGGAAGGGAACUUCCCAACUUCCAUCACUGACCCUCAACCUAUGGGUAAGGUUGGAAUGUGCUUUCAUCCAGAACAGGACAGGAUUCUGACAGUUCGGGAAUGUGCUCGGUCUCAAGGUUUCCCAGACGGCUACAAGUUUGCUGGUAACAUUCAACACAAGCAUCGGCAGAUAGGAAAUGCGGUUCCACCUCCAUUGGCAUUUGCAUUGGGAAGGAAACUAAAGGAAGCAUUAGACAGUAAAAAGUGAAUGUAAUUUGCAAUUUUAGUUGAUGGGAUUUUGGUAGACUCCUCCAUUUUACCUUAGACAAAAGGCCCUUGAUUCAUUUAUAAAAAAUUGUUGUCUGGCUUUUUUUAAAAA